CAAGGAACGACGAUGACAAGCAGAGGAACAGCGCAACCACCGUUACAACGCGUGGGUGAUCGUGGCGGUGGUGAUGACAGUGGUGGUGGUGGUGAUGGCACCAAGAGCCGUGUGCGCGGCAACCACGACAGGGAUGCCGACACCACGCAACACACGGAUGCUUUGAACGGCAUGACGGAUGAGAACGACUACACGGGGUAUUCGGAUGAUGAUGAUGAUGAUGAUGAUGAUGAUGAUGAUGAUGAUGAUGAUGAUGAUGAUGAUGAUGACUUUGAGGAGGGGAGUCAUGAAGACGACGUGAAUGAAGACGAUGGCGAUGACGAUGGCAGUGACAACAGCGACCGCGACAGCCGACACGACAGUGGCAGUGACGACGACAAUUACAGUGAUCACGACAGUGACAACAGCGGCCGCGACAGCCAAAACGACAGCGACAAUGGUGACGACGACAAUCACGACAACCACAACGACCGCAACAGCGAGAAAGGCGAUGCUGUCGAAGAGGGCGCUCAGCAACGAUCCAUGCAAGGACACAAUGACAGCAGCACCGCUGGUGCAGAGGCUGGGUCCAGUCGCAAAGGAACAACAGACAAAAAGGAAACACAAGGAGUCGCCUCCUCCUCCUCCUCCGCUGCCGCCGCCUCAUCGUCCCUGGCAAAGGCUGCGCGUGAGGUCUUGCUGCAGAACCCGGCCGAUGCAGAAGGCUAUCGGCGGCCGCAGUCUUUUGCGCAGUUUGUCAAGCAGCUGCGCCGACUCAGAGAGCAAGAGCGAAGUGCGCAGCAUCCACUGGACGUGUUCCUGCAACGGCCACCGGUGCAGGGCCCAGACGAGGUGCAGCUGCAUCAGCACGUCCUGCGGCUUUCCGCAACGCACGUGCGCGCGCAGGAUGAGCGCACCAGGGAGCACCAGCAGCUCGUAGCCCGCAUUGACCGCCUCCGCGCGUCCGUGCAUGAGUUUGUGGGCCUCACCAACAACCUCGUCCAGCACCAGCACCAGCACCAGCUGCUGCAGGAAGGGGACGCCACAACAGAGCCGUACGGCACCAGCCGCUCCCAGCACAUGCUGGCCAAGGUGCAGGAGACGAUGGAGAAUGUGGAGAGCAACAUCGACGCGUUCAAGCAGCGGCAGAUGACGCAGUACGAUGCGCUGCUGCGAGACGAGGCGGCGCUGGCGCGCGAGCUGGUGCUGUCUGGGGACCGGUUUGGCCAGUGGCAGGAGGAGGACAGGCGGCGGGCAGAGGAGCGGCGGAGGCGGCAGCAGCAGCGGCGCACUAGUCUCAGUGAUCAAGACCUUGAGCCUGUACAACAAUCCAGGGUGAAGUUCACUCACCCAGACCACAACGUGUUCCUUCGCCUGCGCAAGCAGCACAAGGGAGACAAGGCGGGGCUGGCUGGGGCGGUGGCGGAGGCGCUCGUGGGCAAGUCGCAGGCAGACGCAGAGGAGCACGAGCAGUGGUACGCGACGCUGGUUGAGCUGCGGCGCAAGUACAAGGCAGCGAUUGCGGCGUGGCGGCGGGAGCAGGAGGAGGAGAGGGCGCGCAUGGCCAAGGCGAUGCAGGCCAAGGGCCGGGACGACGACCAGAGCGGAGAGGCUCGGCAGCGCAGGCAGGAGGAGGCGAGGCGGCAGCGGCAGCGAGAGAAGGCGCGGGAGGUGGCGGCGUGGCGCAGGCGGCAGGCCGAGGAGCGGCGCAAGGCAGAGCAGGAGCAGGCCAGGCGGGAGCGGGAGAAGGAGGAGCAAGCGCGGCAGGAGGAAGAGCAGCGGCAGCGCGCGCUGAAGAAGCAGGUGUCCGCAUACCGGCGGGUGCGAGAGGCGGAGCAGCGGGCGCGGGAGGAGGCCGAGGCGCAGAGGAGAAAGGUGGAGGCUGCGGCGGCAAAGCCGUCCAAUCACGACCUGCAGCGGCUGCGGCGGCGAGAUGAGGAGCGCAUGCGGGCACGGCUGGAGAAGCAGCGUAAGGCCGAGGAGGAGGCGCAGGCGCGCGCCCAGCGGCUGGACGCCCUGCGCAGCAAGGUGGCGUCGACGGUGAAGGUGAAGCGCGAUCCUGGCCGCCUUCUGCGACUCAACGAAGCAGCGAAGAACAGGAAGAAGGACACCACCAAGCAAGGCGGCCAGGUCAUCUCCCGCGCCCCACCAAAGCUCAAGGUGCCCACAUGGCGUAAAGGCAUGUGAGCGUGUGUGGGGGGAGUGCACCUGUUUGUCUGGUGGUCUGUGUGUGUGUGUGUCUGUCUGUCUGUCUGUCUGUCUGUCUGUCUGU